AACUAUAAAAAUAAUAAAUAAUACAAAUAAUUGUAUGAGCCCUAACCAGACACACAGUGGAGUGGGGUGGCGGAUGUGUGAGUGUUGUGCUCUUGUGUUGCAGACAGACGCUGAUGACGAACGACGGCCAGUCAUGAGGAAAGCUCUGUUUCCUCUCUUUCACUCUCAGAGGAGCUUCACGCGCAGCUCCUCUGAGAGAGAGCGUCCCCUAGUGGCCACAGCAAUGUGGGCUGGGCGCGUGUCUCCUCAUUGGCUGUCAGGUCUGUGAUGUCAUCGUCUCAUUAGAAUGACUCCGCCCAUACUUGCAUCCUGUGGUUGGCAUGUUUUUCCGCAGAAACAGAUUGAGGUGUCGAGCGAGGGGCCGGAUCAGGCGCUGAUGCAGAAAGCGUCCCGCUCGUACACACACCAGGGCAGCAGACAUCGCACCCGCAGCCGCGACCGAGAGCGAGAGCAGGAUCCGGAGCGGGACGCAGACUGGCCCGCGGAGAGAGCACUCGACACACACUCACAGCCUCUGAAGUCUUUGCGGAAGCUGCUUCAUCUCACCUCCUCAUCCUCAUCCUCCAACCAAACCUCGGCAGAUCUCCACUACCCCCUGCCCUCCUCCAAAGGCGGCGGGAGUUUCGUGGAGCCCCGCGGCCUCAGCUCCAUGCAGCCCAAGGGCCGUUCGACUGCGUACGGGGCCCCGGGGCCCCUGGAGUCCGGCUGGCACUCCAACGCUCUGGACCGUCCCAAGGGAAACCCGUAUCCUGACCAGCUGACCUCCAAACCAGGCCCCAACGGCUUCGCUCGCCACUUUCGUUCACGUUUGCCAAACCUGAAUGACCUUAAAGAGACGGCGCUGUGAGUCGGACUCACGGCGGCCCCUAAUGGACCUUCUUUUCUUGCGUAUUAAGGGUAGGCCUAUAUGUCUUUAUUUUUGUUGUUUUUCUUUUUUAGUUUUUAAUAUUUGAUAGCACUUCUUAUAUUAUUUAUGUACUGUAAUUACUGUAUUUUUUGUUAUCUGAUAAUACAGUCUAAAAGCAGAUGAUAUAGCUCUAUGUAAAUGGGAAUAUAUAAAUGUAUAACGCUGUACGUGCAGCUUUAGUUUCUACUCUGGUUGUAGUAUAUAAACAUUACCUGAUUCUGCAUAUUUACUCUUAUAUUUGGCUAAAGGUUCUGAUGAUUCAUGUAUAGAUGACAGUAUUGACAUUUAUUUUAUAGUUAUAGAAUAAGACUACAGUAUAUAUAGAUAUUACGACUUUGUCUUUGAGUAUUUUCUGUUUACAAUUCAGUGAAUAUCAGUAGAUAUUAAGAGUAACAGUAAUUAACGGUAAGAAUGCGCGAUUAUAUGUGCGUGUGCUUCCCAGAUAGCGCACGUAUGUUGCUUUAAAUGUCAUAUUUAUGUAUAAAUUAAUUCUUAAAUGUUGUGAAUGUAACACACAACAGGAACGACAAACACUAGCAAAUAAUUCAGAUUUUUAGAGCAGUCUCUUCUGCUCAAAUCUGUAAUUUUUUAAAUAAAAAA